CUGUGAACAUCCGAUUCCAGCCAUCAGAUUUAUACUAAAGUGGAUCCACAUUACCUGCAUCCACAGCACAGAUUCAUGCAACCAGACAACCAGGAGCCUGUACUGUAAAAAGUCACAGUCAGCUAUUUAGAGUAUGUGAAGACCACCUUGUAACAAAUCUACAAGCAUUUUAAUAUAGAUGGAAGGAGCGACGCGAUUAGAAAAUGCGAACCCGUUGAUCUUCCAGCGAUCCGGGGAGAGACAACUCACCACAGAAGAGGAGGAUGAGGAGUUUGCUGACCCGAUAGAUGACAGAGAGAUUUUCGAUUUGAUCAGGACGAUUAACGAUCCAGAACACCCACUGUCACUGGAAGAAUUAAACGUAGUUGAGCAAGUGCGAGUUAGGGUGAGUGAUACUGACAGCACAGUGUCAGUGGAGUUCACUCCCACAAUCCCUCACUGCAGCAUGGCCACCCUAAUUGGUCUGUCUAUUAAAGUAAAACUGCUUCGAUCUUUACCUGAGAGGUUCAAGAUUGAUGUGCACAUUACUCCUGGUGCCCAUGCCUCUGAACAAGCAGUUAACAAACAGCUGGGGGACAAAGAAAGAGUGGCGGCUGCUUUAGAGAACUCCCACCUGCUGGAAGUUGUGAACCAGUGUUUGUCUGCCAGAACUUAACCAGAUGGAACUUUACCAGAUCCUAAAGCCAAUUGCCCAGCGCAACCGCAGUGCAAUCUGCAUCAGUUUCAAAACAGAAGUAAACAAAGCAAAGCUAAAGCACUGAAUAUAUUUCAUUUAUCCGCUAUCUGCUCUUGUGCAUACAUUUUGAUUAAAAAACAAAAAUGUAAAAAAGUUUGAAUAAAGUAUUUAUAUUAA